CUACUAGAGGGAUUACGGUAAAUGUAGGCUGCGGAGCCUGUGUGUCCGACAGACCGGGAGUUGCACUGAAAGACGCUGCGCCGAACAGGUCUCGGAUGUUAUCCGUUCCUCUGAGCUGCGGACAACAUCCCAUCUAGCCAGGUGUGACAAAGAGGGCUGUCCCCCUUGGCUUUCAGUGUUCCUCUGACAAUCUUGACGUCAAACCCGUGAGAUUUGGAGAGAAGUCAGAGAUUUUGCAUCCAGCUUGACUCAUCACCAACUCCCAGACCACCUAAACAGCCAGAAGGAGAGACCCCUUGCCCACCCUCCCCUGCUGCUAGCUAGCACCAGCAUGGCAGACAGUCGACAGCCAGAAGACGGUGCCCCCCAGUGGGACCCAUCAGGGGGGCAAGAACCUGCUGGUACCCAUGGGGCCAAUGGCUACUCCUCUGCUGCCUACAGGACGUGCCAGCCAGGUGCUGCCCACAUGGCCACAGCAUCCUACUCCGCCAGAGAGAACGGCUUUAAUGGGGAGCUAACUGGUGCUCACGCUGUAACUGCAGAGCAAGUGUCAGCACGGAUUGUGCAGGAAGUGACUGCAGAGGCAGUGGCGGUACUUAAGGGAGAACAGGAAACUCAAAGGCUGCCAUCAGUUGAAGACACCACAAAUCUGCCUCCCUCUCCUCCCCCCUCACCUGCUGCGGAGCACUUUGGUCCCCUGGAACAAGAUGUAGGGGAUGAGGAGGAGGCGGGGCCUCUCCGCCGCUUCCAAAAUUCUCGGGAGAGGUGCAAGUUCCUCGCCCCCUCCAUCUCAGUUUCCGUGCCCGAGGACGACCCCUACCACUCCGACGAGGAGUACUAUGAGCACCCAUUGUUCAGCCCAGAGUGGACGCACUCGGGCUCUCGCCCCACAGGGCAGGCCGUGGCCUUUAGACAGAUUGAAGAAGAGACCAUGGAGGCUCUUACAGCUGAAUACGAGGAGGAGGUGGAAGAUGAGGAGGAGGAGGAGGAGGAGGAGAGUGCAGAGGCAGCAGAGUCCGAGGCAGCUCUUGAUGAGCAGCAGUGGAGCGGGGAAGAGCCAGAGUUGGACAGCCCCCAAGCCGAGCCCUUAGAGCAGGCAGAGGCCAUAGACGAGGCCCAGGAUCUAGAUCUGGAGCCGGCUGAAGCAGCUAGUGCUGCUGCAGAAAGCUCUAUGGACAGAGAGGAGGAGGAAGCAGAGGGUGAGGAGAGCCCUGAGACAGCUUUGAAGAUGGACUCAGACAAGCAGGGCAGCGAGAAAAGUGGUUCCAUGAGCCCAGACAGCAUUGGAUCAGAGAAACGCCCAGAGGAGUUUUUUGAGCCCCAGGUCCAAGGGUUUUUUGCUGGUGAACGAGUUGUGCCAGAGAGCCCCACCAUGGAUAUGCCAUCCUUUGUACCCCCAAUUGUUCAAAACCAAGCCAAAGAAUCUGCCAAAUCACUCACACUUCAGCCUACAUAUGGCGAGCCGAUCACAGUGUCAGAAAAACAGCCGUCAGUGGAGGUGGUGGAGUUCAGCAGCAUCGGAGCUCCUUCUGAUUUCUCUUCAAUGGGAGACAAAGUUCAAAGAGGAGACUCAACGAGAGAUGCAACAGACAGAUCUGGCAUGUCAGCAUAUUUUGAAACAUCAGCCAUGGAGGUUGAGGAGGCCCCUCAAUGUAAGGGUGAGGGUUAUUACGAACUGAGCAGAGCUGGUGAAGAGAAGAGUACAGUUGAUUCCACAUCUAAAUCAGAGGAGAUCAGCUAUAGCACACUAGCUGAAUCCCAGGAUAAACCAGAAACUACAGCAGAAGACACAAGAGUGUUCACCGUCCCUGACAGGAGUAAUGAAUGCAGGCUUUCCCCGGGUAAACUAGCUUUAGAGCAAAGGAGUUACUCACUUAACAUCACCAUUGGAACAAUGGAUCAAAGACCUAGGAACUUCUCCCCACUAGCCACAGAUAUCAUGUCAUACACAAGUGGAAGUCUAGAUGAGUCAGCAGACUACCUCCCAGUCACUACACCCUCUGUGGAUAAGCCUCCAUCCUUUCCUCCCCUGAUCUUGGAGACUGCAGCUUCCGUCACUUCAGAUUCGUCAUCUCCUCCAAGGACCACUGAACCAGUAUCAAAACUCAGCCCUGAACCAGAAUCACCAGAAUCACCAGAAUCACCACAGCCCCUUAAGAGCACCUAUAAAAAUGGUGGAGUGAUGGCACAAGACUUGCCUGAGAUGCUGGAUCUUGCUGGUACCCGUUCCAGACUGGCAUCAGAAAACAAUGACUCAGAAAUCACCAGAAGAAAGUCAAUUCAAGCUGAUGCUCCUGCUUUCACUGAUGACCCACUGGCUAGCCUAGUUUCAGGUGAACUGAGUCCCAGAAAGAGUGAAAGCCAGAUGGAAGAGAUGGGCUAUUGUGUCUUCAGUGAAUAUUCAGGGCCCAUGCCUUCUCCUGCAGAUGUGUUCAGCCCUACGAACACUUGUGCACAGGUCUUUACUCCCUCUGUCCUUGAGGAGAAAGUGGCCGAGCAGGCUAGGAAAUUAGCUGUCAGAGACACAUCAGUGGAGGACAAGAACCAGCCAACUCCAGGAGGAGUUGCUGAUGUCACUGAAGACCAGAAGCAAGUAGAGAGAAAAGACUCUACUGAAGAAAAAGGCAAGGAGGUUGCAGAUCAUCAGCUGGAUAAAACUGUAAGUGAGACACCACCCGUUCAGCCAAGUGAGACCUUUGUGACACCAACAGUCACUGUGACUCUAGAAGAAGGUGGGAGGUCCGACAGUGAGAUUGAACGACAAGCCAGUGGUGAAGGCUCAGCUUCAGAAACUGAAAUAGCCGACUACGAGAGGCAGAUCCGCAAAUUGGAGAUGGAGGACAGGCCUCUGAGCCUGGAGGAGGAAAGAGAACUGCAGGAGCUUCGAGAGAAGGUGAAGCUGGUCCACCAGGAGGCCUAUGAGGAAGUAGAUGCCGAAGAUGUGUACCAGCUGACCGGUGUGGCCAAAGAUCGAAUUGCCAGGCCUGUCAAAACAUCGCCUACUUCGUCUGUGGAAAGCAACAUUGAUGAUGACAAGCUGCUCUCCCCAGUGCUCUCACCUUCCAAACUUAAACAAAGAGAGGUUUAUGGUUCCCCCAAAAGAGUGGCAUCACCAGUGUUAGGAAUAAACAAAGAGGAAAAAGAGAAAGAGGAGUCAGAAAGAAAGAUGAGGGAAGCUCAAGAGAAGGAAGCAGCUGAGAAGAAAAAGAAGGAGGAAAAAGAGAAGAUAGAGAAGGAACUAAAAGAGAAAGAGGAGAUAGAGAAGGCGCGAAAAGAGAAGGAAGAGAAGGAGAAGCUAGAGAAGGAACUGAAAGAGAAGAUGGAGAAGGAACUGAAAGAAAAAGAAGAGAAAGAGAAGAUAGAGAAGGAACUGAAAGAGAAGGAGGAGAAAGAGAAACUGGCUGAGAUGGACAAAGAGGUUGCAGACAAGCCUGAGGAGAUACCAAGACAGCCAGAGGAAAAAGCAGCCACAAAGAUUUCUGCCGAGACUGAACCUGUGCACACUGACACGGAGAAAGAGGAAGGUGAGGGAGACGUGUUAGAAAAAGCAGAAGCAUUAGCGGGAAAGGAGAUCCCGGAAACUCAUGCUGCCAUUGAAUCAGUGGUGACAGUUGAAGAUGAUUUUAUCACUGUGGUUCAGACCAUCGAUGAAGCGGAGGAGCCUGGACACAGUGUUCGUUUCUCUGCUCCACCUGAGGCCCAAGCCCUUUGUGUCGCUGGCCAGGAGGAAGAAGAGGAGGAAGAGGAAUCUGUGGAGUUGGCCCAAGAAGCAGACAUGGAGGCUGCUAGUCUAGAGGAGGUGGGUGACGUUCCUGAGACCUCUGCCUCUCCUGAGAAAGAGGCUCAAACUGUAGAAACUGAAGGACCGACAGAAAGCUACGAUAGAGAUGAAACCACAAUGGACGACUCCAUCCUGGACAGCUCCUGGAUUGACACACAAGAUGACGAUAAGAGUAUGGCAACAGAGCAGAUUGAGCCUUUACCCAGUGUGCUGAGCCCAGCCAAAAAGCCUGCUGAGGUCCAGAACAAGCAGACACAACAGAAAAAGACAGAGAAACAGGAAAAGCCAGUCAAACCAAAGGCAAGGGGAGGGCGGCCUAAAGGUCGAAUCUCCACACCUGAACGCAGACCUGCCCGCAAAGAGCCUGUCUACAUGCCCAAAGAGGAAAUCAAGAAGAAAAAAGCUGUGAUAAGGAGGUCUGAGCUUACCAAAAAAAUGGACACUCAGACUCAAUCCCCAUCCAAGAGGACUGUGAUGAAACCAGCUGUUCGCCAGACCCGGCCCACCCAGCACCACUCCUGUCCUAGAAGGAGACCCACAGAGGGCCUGCCAGACAGUCGUCAGCCUCUUAGUGUUGCCAGACAGUCUCGGGACAGAGCAUCGGAUGGUGGGUCAUGGAGCCCCGACACAAGGUCCUCCCUGCCGCGGCACGCCUCGAUUCUGAGCCGCCGUGGAUACCAUGACCAGGAGGAGAGCUCUACCUCCAUCACCAGCUCCGGCUCCACAGCUCCUCGUAGACCCACAUCGUUUCGCACAGAGAUGAGAGCAGAGCAUAGGACAGGACGAGCCCCCAGUAUGACAGCUACGGAAUCUGCGCGCUCCCGUUCAGCUCGCAGUGGACACUCCACCCCCCGCACUCCUGGCUCCACAGGCAUCACCCCAGGAACCCCACCCAGUUACUCAUCGUCCUCAAGGACCCCUGGAACUCCACGCUCCCUAAGCUUGAUUUCCCAGGAGAGAAAGGUGGCUGUGGUCCGCACCCCACCCAAGUCACCUGCAACGACGCCCAAACAACUCCGCAUCAUCAACCAGCCGCUGCCUGACUUCAAGAACAUCAGGUCCAAGAUCGGCUCCACUGAGAAUAUCAAGUAUCAGCCGAAAGGAGGACAGGUGCUGAUACAGAACAAGAAGAUUGACUUGAGCCAUGUGACCUCCAAGUGUGGCUCUCUAGACAACAUCCAUCAUCGGCCAGGGGGCGGUAACGUGCGUAUAGAGACUGUGAAGUUGGACUUCAAAGACAAAGCCCAAGCCAAGGUGGGUUCCCUGGAUAAUGCUCAUCACACUCCUGGUGGAGGCCACGUCAUGAUUGAGAGCCACAGGCUGUCGUUUCGCGACCACGCCAAGGCACGAGUGGACCACGGAGCUGAGAUCGUCGUCCAGUCUCCGGGCCUGUCCGGCAUGGAGUCUCCCCAGCGCCACAGGGACAGCCAGCUAUCAUCCUCCGGCAGUAUCAACAUGAUGGAUUCACCACAGUUAGCAACCCUGGCUGAGGAUGUCACUGCAGCGCUGGCCAAGCAGGGUUUGUGAACACUGGAUCUCUGGAUUCCUGCUCUACACCCCAGACAUCCUCACCCUGAUCCCUUCAAACUUUUCUGCCCACUUCUGCCACCCUGAGGCCAACCUCAGCUAAACCACAGCCUCUAAACAUCUCCACUUCAAGAUACACCACUCAACUCUAAGUAGAGACUCAAAUUAGGAGCUACUGUAUGGUCCUCUUUUUUUCCUGUCUAUUUUAAAUCCAAAUAUGUGCUAUUUCUGAUUCAUUUUGUUGGGCUCUCUCUUUUUGAAUGAUGUUGCAUAGAAUAGUUAAGUUUGAGCACUGGUCCUAGAUUAAGUGGCAUAUAAAAAGUGAGGACCAGGGAUUGGCUUGACUGGUCCUGGAUCAGUGUUUUGAAGAAGCUACAGCCUUUUUUCUACAUUAAGUAAGAAGUAAUGUGGCCAGCACACAACGCAGCACGUGUUGUUCUUGCUCAGUAAAUGUGCAUGGACGCCAGACUCUCUAACAAACCAAGCAUCCUUACUGCAAGUCAUUCUUGUCAUCCAAUAUAUAAUAUAUUUAACAAAUAUAUAGAAACAUGUAUAAAAAUACAAGUUCUUUGCCAUCUACAUGUCCUGAAAAACAUUUUAAAAGGAAGUGACAAUAUGGCUAUAAAAUAUACCUGUAAAAUUGCAUUACUGCAAGAACUAGGUCAUGUUAUGACAAGCAUGUAUUGAUUCUAAUAUUAAAAGAGGUUAUUUUGUAAUCUAAAAAAAAGGAUUUUAGUAAGUUAUUUCCUCACUUAUUGAAUAAAGAUAAAAACAAGUUCAUGUUUUGUAGUUAUUAGUUGUUUACAGUGUAAUGCUUGGUGAUGUCAGACAGCUGAAUUGGUGUUGCUAAGGAAUGCAUCUCAGUCCUGUUGAAGAGCAUCAUACACUUGUACCUGCUCAGUAGUUCAAUAUAGACGCCUGUUUAUACACCACAACACCAGAUCUAACCCCACAAACCUUCAAGUUAAACAGCUAAAAGUAUCUCGUCUUUACAGCUGCCGAUAUUCAUCUCACAUGAAUGAAACAGUACAGACAUUCCUCUGCUAACACAGGCUGAUGUUGCACUCAUCAGGACCAUCUGUUGUCUGAACCACAGAGGAAAGCGCUACGGAUGCGACCUGAGAAUGAGUAGAAGACGCAACUACUCUGAAAUCUGUCUGUGUGUGUGCAUUUGGUGCAGAUCCCAUGCCGUUUUACAACGUAUGCUACCGUAUCUGGAUGUUUUGUUGCAAUAUGUGGGAGAAGAAAGUGGAAAAAAAAAAUAUUUUGAAAAAUCCAUUAUAAAGACAAUUCAUGAAGAAAAAUACAAUGACCUGUUACAUCUGUUAGGAAAAAAAAAAAACGUGUUUGGGUGAUCUAGUUUCUUUUUCAGACACCAUUUGUGGUAUAUCCUGCCUCCUGCCUAAUUACUGCCCUCACCCGCGACUGUUUGUUUGCUUCUGUGUUUUUUCUGCAUAACCCCCAUCUCUGUGUGUCCCCUUCCCACCUCCUGCUCCACCCUACAGCAACUGUAAAUGUAUUUAAAAGGUCAAGUAGAUGUACGCAGUUUUUCUCUUGUUGAUAUGACACCAAUUACAAUAAUUAAUGACAAUAAAAAGGACAAAAAGUGA